AUGUUGUUAUCGAUCACCGAUUUUGCAACAGGGCUGUUUGGGAACGCUGGCUUCAUGAUUGUAAGGGCAAUUAAAGUCUUAAAACAAGAUCCUGAUUGUUUAAUGUUCACGCUUUUGGAGGUACUGGCGUUUUGCGUGACUGCGAUGUCUUUCAUCACUUCAUUUCUACUAAACGCUGAGCGAUAUUUAGGUAUUGUCCACCCAUUUCUUCAUCGACGUAUCGUAACAAAAUCCAAAUUGUUGGUGACAGCCGUGAUUUUAUGGUCAGGUAUUCCAAUAUUCGUAGUAACUUCACGAACUGUAUUCAACAGAAUGACAAAAUUUUUGUCCAGCAUUGUCGUCCUUUCAAUCGUCAUUGCGUGUAUUUAUUUUUAUGUGGCUAUAUAUGUCGCAAAUCAAAAAGCACGCAAAAGAAGCAGAACUGAAGAGGUGAACAAUCGUGCUGGGAAAAUCGCCCAGGAUAUAAAACUAGCAAAAUCAUGCACAAUUGUAAUUGCCUGUACGAUCGUGUGUUUCAUUCCAUUUGCAGCGACAAAUCCUAUUGUAACUCAUAGCUAUCUAAAAUACUCGCUGAGAAAUUGGGCUUGCACAUUGGCGUUUGCUUCCGCAUCGUUAAAUUCACUGGUGUUCUUUUGGCGGAAUCCUGCGCUGAGAAAUGAAGCGAGGAAAGUCCUAAUACUUUGUACAUCCUAAUAUGAUUUGCAUUAAAGGGAAAUGGCAAUAUAAACUUAACUUUUAUUUUCCCAUUUGAAAGGACUUUUGAAAUAUAUAUUAACUUAUUUUACCUUUUUUUCAUAUCUUGCUAAUAGUUAGUUCUUGAAAUAUUUUCACUUGAAGUAAUAAGAUGUCCGCCAUCUUGGAUAAAUUUGUGAUCUCAUUAACAGUAGUUUUGGUGACGUCUCAAUAGGGAUUAAUCAUAUAAAAGUAUUCGUUGCUGACCAAGUAUUGAAUUGUAGAUGUUUUGAGUGAUCUUGAUAUUUCGAAGGGCAGUCAGAGUAUAGUUUUGAGUGCAACUGAAAUGAUUAGUGUUUGUCUUGAUAAAAAUAUUGCGUGACCCCUGUUGUGGCGUAACAUGCAUAUAUAUCUAUAAAAAUUGAAGAUGGCUGACAUUUCAUUCCUUUCAAUCAAAAUACUUGUGGAAGUAAGUUCAUCCGUCUUGUAAUAGGUUUCACAGACAUAAAAAAAUAAAUUUGUCAACUUUGCUGAUCAGGUGGUCGGCUGAUGAAAGACAUUGGUUUCAUUUUUUCUGACAGAAUUUAUAAUUUUAAACUUGGCUAUACUAUUAAAGUCUUGCUUGUGUGAUGUUACUCUGAGUGUAUAUCCACACCGGGCAGGCUUGAAAAUAUGCCUGGCCACGGUGGGAAUCGAACCUACGACCUUUGGAAUACUAAUUUGUAAUCUAAAUGUGUAAUCUAAUAAUCAUGAUAUUUGCUGUGUUGGUGUAAUGUACUCAGGCAUACUCGAACCGACCUGACCGCGUAGCUCAGUUGGCAGAGCAUUGGGCUAGUAUUCCAAAGGUCGUAGGUUCGAUUCCCACCGAGGCCAGGCAUAUUUUUCAAGCCUGCCUGGUGUGGAUAUACACUCAGAGUAACAUCACACAAGCAUCUUAUUCGCCUGAGUACAUUACACCAACACAGCAAAUAUCAUGAUUAUUAAAGUCUUGUUCUGAUCCAAAGCCCUGAAUAAACCACAAUGCCUCACGAUUUAGAAUGCAUGGCUGUAGUUAAGAACGUCCAUUUUGCAAUGGACCCACUUGAUGUACAAUUUACACAAAGUGCGUCGCGGAACAAUUCAAUGAUUGCAAUGAUUGACAAAAGUCAGUUGAAAUUUUCAGUUUUUAAUCGUGAUUUUUAUGCAGAAAUAUUGUAGGAAAGCCGCCACAAUGAAGAACACGCAUAAAAAAGGCUCCUUAGCUAUAGAGUAACAUUCUGAUAAAAUUAUGGUAAAAAAAGCCCUCAUGCCUGAGAUAUCUGGACCGGAAGAACGGCAGAUGGGGACCAUGAGGGGCCCCCAGUAUGGAAUGAAGGCAAUGUGCACCGCACAUGUGCCGUGCACAAAGAUUGCUAUCAGUGCACAAAUUGGUGCACAACUUACCCAAUAAUCACUCUUUGGUGCACACAAUUUCCUUCUGUUAUUGCAUGGUGCACAAAAAAUUGGAUUUAUUUAUUUAUAUAACUUCGCCAUUUAUAUAUACCAUAUAAUACAAUACAAAAACAAUAACAAUAGUUUGCAAUACUGUACAAUAGAAAAAAAAACAAAAACGAUACAAUCUAACACAAGACAGUACAGUAUAUAUAUAGUUCAGUACAGUACAGUACAGUACAGUACAAUACAUACAGUCAGAUGGCUGGGACACCACAACAGUUAAAACCAAUUACUGUGGGCCCUUUUAACAUAUAAUAACUAGAAACAACAAUUUAUAACACUGUUCAAACUGCAACAAGAGGUACAGUUUAAACACACAGAUUUCCACGUUUUUGGAUCCUCUGCAUCAUAUUUUCACAACGUAUGUUUAAUAUAUAUCUUUAUAUUUUUUUAGUAUCUACUAGUACUAUGGUGAGUAACAACUAAAUAAUUGGUGAAUUCAGAAAUUCUGAUCUUCGCUGCAACACACUUGCUAACCCCCCCCCCCUCAAGAAUCUUAAUUUAAAAUGUCUCCAGGUCAUGACCCGCUGGCUAUGUGCACAACAUGUGGUGCACAACCAAAGUUGCGCUUAAAUUGUGCGGUGCACAGAAAUGUUACAUUCCUAAUCCAUACUAGCAUGAGGCCUCUCAGAGCCAAAGGAUCAUAAAGAAGUAUCGCAAAAAGAUGGCACUGAGUAAAGACAGUGGUGUUGAAACUAGUAGCUAGAUAUUGUGAAAGAAUUUUAAAGUUGGCUGGUACGUGAGAAACAAACCAGACUGAAAGGUGAGAAAUAAAGAUGGAUCAAGUACUAAAAUGUGUCAUCAUAUUUAAAAACGGGCAUUCCGCUCAUUCCAUUUAAUAUAAGAUAAAAAAUUUGGAACCGCCUUGGAUGUAAUGGAGUUUGCUAUCUAAGCUUGGAGUUACUGGCUAACAACUUUAAAAAUCUUUGCCUUUAUUAAGCCUGGUUUCCAUCUAGUCGUAAUGGUCAUAAAAAUAGAGUCACUUUCUUUCUCAAUGGCCAGUUUAUAAUAGUUUAUACCUGUAAACCACAUAUAAAUCAUGACUCGUGAGUAUUCCCUAGUUAUAAUCACUCUGCAUAUGUCCAGUUCUAAAAUGUUGUAUUUUGGCUGAUGUAGACCUGUCAAGUUUUGGAAAAUUAUAUGCUGUAAGGUAAUUUUCUUAGGUUAAUGUCCAUGAGGCGUCACCAUGGUUGGCAUGCCCAGGGGGAAAUUUUGAAAUUUGAGUUUCCCAGAUCGCCAGAAAAUUGCCUUUCCAAGGUUUUUCUUCUGCCUUUUUCGAAGCACAAACCUUAUGUGUUCAUGCUAUAAAAAUAUGAAAUGUUAGCGUCGCAAAACCUUCCCAAACGGCGAAAAAUAACCCUCUUCAGGCUAAGGAGUCUUCUAGUUUUUUGUGUCUUUUUGAUAUGCGAUUGAGACACACAUUUUCAAGACUUCUCAAGACUUCCUGGUACUGGCGUUAGCAAAAAGAAUGCAUUGGACAUUGUGCAAAUGAAAAGAAAUGGGAGUAAUUCACAGAAAGAAACCUCCAUAAUAGGCCGUGGGCUGUUGUGCGAAAAAGUGCCCAGAAAAGCAAUUUCGUGGCACCCUCCUGGGAAAUAUAUUUUCUGUGGUUCAAUUAUUAUUGCGACAUUUUGGUCCAAUUUUCACAUUUAAAACAGCAAUAACUCAAAGACUAUUUGAAAAAUUAAAAAACUGUUUAAAAGUCUUAUAUGCGUUUUUUUGUACGUUUUCCGAUGAUGCAAGUCAUUUUUAUUGUAAUUGAAUAUAGAAUUUCCCAUUUUUUUUGCAGUAAUACAAUUUAAUAGAGGAUAAUCAUUGAUCACCCAGUUUCUCGGGAUUGGGCAAAUUUUUUGCUUGGCAACUUUUUUUGGUAGUGAUGUACCUAUAUGUCAUAGUAUAUUUCAUAGUAUCUUUCAAGCGGAUUUUGUGGUGGUAUUUUCGUAUUUCUUCUGCAAAUACUCGCGGAUCGAGUUCUGUAAUAUUCAUUCUUCCUGUCAUAUAUUACGGAAAUCAAGUAACACGGAUCGAUAUGAAUUAAACAGUCGCUACCAUGGUGUUUAACAGUACACGACCUAUAUUAAGUCAAGUCCAGGGAAAAUUGGAUUUAGUUCGAGUAAGCGCGGUUCUACUUUAAUUGUUUCUACAGAUUAAUCAACACUCUAGCACAACGGCAAUCUUUAUACCUUGGUGACGGCUUUAGUACAAGUCAUAACUGCUGCAUGAAUUUGUCUAGCCUGAUAUUACAGCGGAAAAUUAUAUCUAUAAAAACUCACAUUUAUAAUUAUUACCUGGAAAGCGUCACUUGAAAAAAUGUUGUACUUUUACCUCCAACGACUUCAGCAGCUUCUGAUCAAUUCCAACAGAGGCACUCGCUUUUAUAAUUACCCUGUACCGCGCAGCAGAUCUAGAGGCUCUGGGAACGAGGAUGACGUCAUACAUAUCAAACGCAGGAAGUCGUUCAGUACACCUGCAGGCUCAUUUUCCCAGGUUUUUUAAGUUUUUUAAGUUUUUAAAGUUUUUUAAGUUUUUAAAGUUUUUUUAAAUUUUUUGAGUUUAGAUAUAGGUAAUGAGAACCAUAUUGGUAUCCUAGUAAUAAUUUUAUGCCACAAUAGUCCCUAAAUGUCACGUGUUAUAAAUUCUCCUCGUGAAAUUUAUUCCUUUGCUGGUUCUCGAAUAUAAUGGGACUGUAUGCUUUCGGUUUUCACAAAUUUUAUUCUAUUAUCAUUCGUUACAUAUGAACUUGAACUUUGAACUUGGUUGCCAAAUACUGUUACGACAUUUUAGUAGUUUUUGAAAGUUUAAGUUAGGUUGUUGUUAAAAUUGUUAUAUUUUUGUGUGUAAUGUAGUGGUAGAUUUUUUAUGUAUGUAUCUUAAUAUACCAAAACUGGUAUUUUGCUGUUGAUUAAAUAUAUUCUAUGACUGAUCACUGCUAUCGACAUACAAUAGAGGCUGGUAGAGACCAGCGUUUAUUUUAAGAAAAAUUUAGAACUGCACACAUAGGGAUGUUACGAAGGCAACGGGUGUUUAACGGGGCGGGGGUGGGAGGGGGGUGGGUUUGAAGGAUUUUUUACCUGGAUAUAGGUGACAGAAUAAUGGUGUGGUUGGGUGGGAGAAUUGGAGAAAGGCCAGACAAACUCGAUUUUGGGUGCGGGAGCUAGGGGUGUUCCCCAAAACAAUUUGAAUCUAGAGGCUGUUAAGUUCUAUAGCAAAGAUUUGUUUUAUUCAACCACUCACAAAAACUGUUUCAAAACAUGUAACUGGCAAUCAUGGAUAUUCAAUAUAUAACAACCUUAAAUUUGCAUUUGAGGCAGCAAAGAAUAUUAGGUUCUCCCACUCUAAUCUCUUUUGGGGAGCUUCGCUCGCCCCAAUUUUACCUUCUUUUCCAUUACCGCAGCACGUAAGUGAUUUGUGAGGAAAAUAGGAGGGUCUGGAGUCCUCCCCCAGAAAUGGUUUAUAUUUUUGAUGCUCAUUUAAUGACAGCAUAUCUGGAAUUUUCGGGAGCAUUCACAAGGGUAACGAGUAAAUGAGAAGAUCGACUGUUUUAAUUAAGGUAUAUUUGUUAGUUUCGUGACUGCACAUUUGUGUUUUAAGAACUGUACCGAAUGGGUCUAGAACUGCACAUUUUGUGUAGAACUGACAAACAUCAUAUUCACCAGAGUAUAAUGUGUUUUAUCACAUCUAAAACGAACCGUUUAAAAAUUGUUUCACUCCUCAGUUUUUGCCGCGAAAACCACAACGGGCAGUUGCAUUUCACAGCGGGCAGUUGCGUUUCAGAGCGGGCCGGAUGCAAAAAACCGGCCCGCUCUGAAAGGCUCCUCAGCCAAUCAGAUUGCUUCAUUUUCAUUGAUAAAAAAUAAACUGUCUUAUUAGUAUUCUUUAUAUAAAGAUUACUAAUUAGGAGUACUAGUGUUUUAUCAGGUUUAAAGCCUGACUGCUCGUGACACAUUACAGUUGACACGAUUUGCCAAUAAGCUUAUGAAUUAUUAAUGAGAGUUUGAAGUAAUAUUUCAAAUCCGACUAUGAGGACUGGACUAGAUUUCAAGUCCGCGCAAUUUGAUCAAGUCUGAGGCGAAGCCGAGCAAAAUGUGAGGACUGGAUCAAAAUGUGAGGACUUGAAAUCUACUCCAGUCCGAAUUGGAGGAUUUGAAAUGACAUCUUUUAAAAAGACAUACGAAUAUAUCACUACUUAACGUGACUGGUGAAUUAAUUUAGAUCCAGUCCUAGGACUGCAACAAUAUACUUCACCAGUUAUCCAGUAUUAUCAUGUGAGCAAAAUAAAGCAAUAUCGUUUGGCUAAUUACUCAUCAAUUAUUAAUGAGUUUGAGAUGUAUAUAUUAUACUAAGGUGACGCCAAUGUAGCUCAGUUGAUUAUAGAGCGUUGCACUGGAAUCGCAGGGCCGCAGAUUCGAUUCGUGCCAGACGGGGUCAGGUCCAAACAAAUGUAUAAAAUUCACUCGAAUUUUUCAUUUACAAAAUCCUGCGAAAUAUUGCCUACCAUUUCAUUAUUAUAGGUAACCCAAACAAAGGGCCAAAUGAAACUUGUGUCGUUAUAUUUCCUUGGGACAAAAAGGAACCACCUAAACCGCUAGAACUGGUGAAUGGAAUCUUCCAUUUUAAUCCAGAAAAGUUCUCUAAAGACAAAUGCUAUUUGAGGAGUAAAUUACACUUUCACGUUCGGCGAAACUAUGGACAUAACAUUGAUGGCUCUGACAUUGAUUAUGACGAGGAUGACGAUGACCAUGAUUCAGAAGAAAAACCCUGUCUGAACAGUAUUUUUGGGAUGGAUUUUCCUGAUCAAGAUGAACAAUGGAAGUAUGAAGAUUCACGAAAGUUUUAUGAGUGGUUACGACCAAUUAUGGAUACAUCAGUCGCUAUAUAUGUUGGGGUUAGGGUGAGAGUUAAGAGGGAUAGGAUUAAUCCUCCUGCAACCUUCAUGUUAACACAGCUUGCCCCUGGGUGGGUAGGUGGGACACUGUCAGCAGCCCCUUUGAGUCAUUAUUUCUUUGACAUCCGCAUCACACACCAGUAUUUUGGUGCUAAAGACAUAACUGCAGUUAAUAUGUAA